UUUUUGCCUCUAUUCCUGCCUGGCCGUUUUUAAAUCAACUGAGGCUUCUCACAUUUGAGUAAAUAAGAGCGAAAGAGAGAAAAGUAAACACCAGAUACGUUCUAUAUAUAUCCGCAUAUAUGUAUAUUUACAUCCGUAUAGCUUAGUACGUUUACGAAUGUACAUUCAUGUUGACUUACUCUGGCUUAUAGGAAGCUAUGUAAACUAGGUGAAAGCUUCCUGCGAUACGAUUUAAAUAGAUACCAUUGCUGUAUUCAAAUGAUCUAUUUAAAAAGAUAUUGAGCUUCGCGUACUACUGAGAGAUGGCGACACCUGACGGAACAUUCUGUGGCACAUGCGUUCGUUGAAUAUUUUUGUUAUUAAAAAUAAAUUAAUAUCUGAUUAUAAUUAAUGGAUCGACUGUUUUCUACUAUUUCGUACAAAAGAUCUUUUUUUUUCAUUAAACAGAGCAAAUAAUAUUCCAUGUACUUUUUGUUAAAAAUUUUUGGAUUUCUUUUUGUUAUAUUAUCUUCGUUUAAAGUGUGUCUCAUACUUGAAAUAUGUUGAUGAAUUACCUAAUGCAAUCAGUGUUAUGAGAUACGGCGCACGUGUCCUUCUGACACAAUGAUAUUUGGUAGAAAAAUAAUGUCAGCUUAAAGGCACAAGGGAAUUGAAGACAAAAGUGACUGUCGUUUUUGUGACCAAAUGAAAAUUGCGUCAAACGGGAAAUGAGAGAAAUGGUAACGUAGUCGCAAUGAUUCAUUCUUCACAAUGUACAUACCAAAAUUUUUUCAAAAGAAGUUAGUAAAAUUAGGAGUUCCUUUUAUGGUAUUGAUAUUGGGUGGAUCUUUUGGACUUAGAGAAUUUACUGAAUUGAAGUACAAGUAUAGCAAUGUUGAAGGCUACAGUGUUCGUGACGAGGCUAGUAAGCAUGGUAUAAAUAUUAAAAAACGUGAGGAGGUUACAUUAGAAUCGGAGUUUGAGAAAGUCCAGAAUGUGGAUAUUGAGAAUUGGGAAAAUGUACGAGGUCCAAGACCUUGGGAAGGAAAUUAUCAAAGGGUGCAAGAGCGUAAGAACCAGGAAUAAAAUAUUUCUCUUAUUACAUGAUACUCGUAUUAAAAUUGUACAGUAUGACGUAAAGAAUACGCUUUCAACAUAAAGCAAGAGGUGCACUCUAAUAUUUGAUACUACUGAGAAAUUGUAUCAGGAAAACAGGCCACAUGAUGCUAUUAAUUAUCUAGUUAGCAAGGGGAAAUAGGCGUGGUUAUUACAAUUAAAAAUGGCUGGAAAACAAAUAGCACCAAUGAGCAGUGCCUGUGGGAUAAUUUAUUUGAUAAAAGUCUGCGGUUAGAUACUAAUAUAUUAUACUGUCCUUUACCAUGGGCUAUUAAGGGCGGAGACCACGUACAUUGGCUGUUGCUAUAGUUAUCCAUAAUAGCUGCUUCUAGUACUCAACAUUUAUCUAGACAGUUCAGUAGUACCCUCAGAGAUGGUACCGCAAGUACUUGCGGGAUAUUAAAAACAUCAAAGACGGCUAAAAUUAAAAUAAAUCGUAGGUGUCAUACAAUACUUCAACGUCACUUAAUUAUUUCACGAGUUAGCAGGAAUUGUUUGAAUCUAAAUUAAAUUGUAUAUAAUAGAAAUCACACUACCUGUCAUGUAAAUAAUUCAAUUCCUCAUUCCAGGUGGAUAGUCAUAUAUGAAUUGUAGAUGUCCAAGAAAUAUCAUAUUUAGUAUAGUGAUUACAAUAAAAUACACCACCAGCCAAUAGACAAUCUAUGAAAUAAUGUAUUAGGUGUAAUAGCUUUAUAAAAAUAAAAUUCGAUACCUAUACUUGA